AUUUCAAAAGCUAGUCGGUGAAGUUGCUCUCACAAAGUCCACAAAACAACAAAAAGAAUCGCAAAUCAGCUAUCAUUUUGUCAUCCAAGAGUGACCCAUUACUUAUUCUCCAAUUUUCUUGAACAAUAAAGGUUGAAAAAGGCUCUCCAUGUCGAUUUCCUCUCUGGGUUUCGACGAAUUCAAGGUUUUCGACAUUGUUAAGUUCAGAGAAGCUUAGUUUUGGAGAAGAAGGAGCUUUUUGAAUGGAGAGAUCAUCUAUGGUGGUUUUUUCUGAGAUGGGAAUGGAGGACAAUGGCUUUGUCAAUCAGUGGCAGAAGAGCUCAAUAGAUGAGCUUGGCGUCCCAUUAGCAGCAGCUUUUGGGGAGGAUUUGCAGCAUUCUUAUGCUCAGUCAAACAUCGAUCAGAAGGCUUCUUUAAACCGUUCUCACAACGCCAUACUCGGGUAUGUGAAACAGCUCAAGAGUGAUGGAUGGAGUUCAUAUCAAACGAAUAAUCAUUCGUCAAACUCACCAGUCGUUUCGUAUCCGACCGCGUCUGUUUCGGCUUCCAACUACAUGAACCAAAUGGACUUCACGAGGCCGAAAGAGGAGGUCGUGUGUCCUCGGAGUAUUAGCAACCUCCCUUCUGAUAUGUUGGUUUCUCAGGACACAUUACGCCACCCGAGCCAUGGAACGAAAAGUACCUCUACAAACAGUAGAAUCCCACAGGCUCAAGAUCACAUUCUUGCAGAGCGGAAACGUCGAGAGAAGCUUAACCAGCGGUUUAUCGCUUUGUCUGCUAUAGUUCCUGGCCUAAAGAAGAUGGACAAGGCUUCAGUUCUUGGAGAUGCCAUUAAGUACCUUAAACAGCUCCAAGAGAAAGUGAAGAUACUAGAGGAACAAACCCGCAGGAAAGACAUCGAAUCCGUGGUAUUCAUCAACACAUCAAACGAGGAAGACGACCCACUUCCCGAGAUCGAAGCAAGAUUAUGUGACAAAAACGUCCUUAUAAGAAUACACUGCGAGAAAAAGAAAGAUGUCAUAGAGAACACAGUUGCUGAAAUUGAAAAGUUGCACCUUACAAUAGUCAACAGCAGUGUAAUGUCAGUUGGGAGUUAUGCUCUCGACAUAACCAUUAUCGCUCAGAUGGAUAACGAGUUCUGUAUGACGUUAAAGGACCUCGUGAGAAAGUUGCAGUCGACUUUGCGCUCGUUCGAAUGAGAACGAGCCUGCUGUUUCUUGAACUGUUCGCCUUUCUUUCUUAAGGUGUUAUGUUUACAGGGCUGUGAUGUUGCACCAAAUUUGGAGCAAUAACCUUGAAGGAGACCAGUUGGGAGAUUCACAUUUGAGGUUGGUUUUUUGUUGUGUUUGGUUUUUGCCUGAGAAAUCAUGUUCUGUCAGUCACCUACCUGUGUUCAUUAGAAGUGUUCAUCUCACAGCUUGUUUGGAGGGUUUUUUCCCAUUGGUUUUUUUACUUCUGUUGGUGUUUUAGAGGCAUCCUUGGAAAAGUUAGUGACUUUGGUUUGUAAUGCAUUGUUUGGAAGUGAUGAAAUAGUUCAAAACUUUGCUCUUUUUUGUUACAA